UGGAGUCCCCUCUCGAUCCCGUGGUGCUCCGCGGCAGGGUCGCGCUCUCUUCCGGUCGCGGGCAGCCGGGGCGUAGAGGGCGGUCGCGACAGGCGCCGAGGCAGUGCUGAGCGACCGAGGCAGGAUGUUGGCUACCAGAGUAUUUAGCCUCAUUGGCAGGCGAGCAAUUUCCACCUCGGUGUGUGUGCGAGCACAUGGAAGCGUCGUGAAGAGUGAGGACUACGCCCUCCCGGUCUACGUCGACCGGCGCGACUACCCCUUGCCCGACGUGGCCCACGUCAAGAACCUCUCCGCCAGCCAGAAGGCCUUGAAGGAGAAGGAGAAGGCCUCCUGGAGCAGCCUCUCCAUGGAUGAGAAAGUGGAACUGUACCGCCUGAAGUUCAACGAGAGCUUCGCCGAGAUGAACAGGAGCACGAACGAGUGGAAGACGAUCGUGGGCACGGCGCUGUUCUUCAUCGGCUUCACCGCCCUCAUCCUCAUCUGGGAGAAGCACUAUGUGUACGGCCCCAUCCCGCACACCUUUGAGGAGGAGUGGGUGGCCAAGCAGACCAAGAGGAUGCUGGACAUGAAGGUGGCCCCGAUCCAGGGCUUCUCGGCCAAGUGGGACUACGACAAGAACGAGUGGAAGAAGUGAGGCCCGACCCCACCUGUCCUGUCGCCGCCCUGCAGCGCAGCGCCUUGACUGCGCACCGUCACGUGACACGACCAGUGCUAAUAAACGAGCAGGUGACCCGAA